AUGGCUUCGAUUUCUUUUUGCGAUCUCAAUAAGCAUAUAGAAGCAGGAAUGGAUGUAGGAUGUGGUACCAGCCAAGCUCCAGUAGGAUGUGGUGGCCGUGAUAUUGACAGGGCUGCAAUAGGUGGUGGUCGGGGUACCCGCUGGGCUCCAGUAGGAGGUCGUGGUCAUGGUACCCGCUGGGCUCCGGUAAGAGGUCGUGGUCAUGGUACUGAUAGGGCUCCGGUAAGACGUGGUACCAGCUGGGCUCCGGUAGGACGUGGUGGCGCUGGGCUCCGCUGGGCUCCGGUAAGAGGUGGUGGUCAUGGUACCCGCUGGGCUCCGGUAAGAGGUCGUGGUCAUGGUACUGAUAGGGCUCCGGUAGGACGUGGUACCGGCUGGGCUCCGGUAAGAGGUGGUGGUCGUGGUAUCAGUUGGGCUUCUAUAGGUGGUGGUGGUACCAGCUGGGCUCCGGUAAGAGGUGGUGGUCGUGGUAUCAGCCGGGCUACUAUAGGAGGUGGUGGUACUAGUUGGGCUCCGAUAAGAGGUCGUGGCCAUGGUACCAGCUGGGCUCCGGUAAGAGGUAGUGGUGGUGGUGGUACCGACAGCGCUGCAGUAGGAGGUGGUGGCCAUGAUAUUGAUAGUGCUCCGGUAGAAGGUGGUACCGACACAGCUGCAUCAAGAGGUGGUGUCAAUGAUACUGACAGGGCUACUCUAGGAGUUGUUGGCAAUGAUCCUGACAGGGCUUCGGCAGGAGGUGGUGGUGGUGGUACCGACAGCGCUGCAGUAGGAGGUGGUGGUCAUGAUAUUGAUAGUGCUUCGGUAGGUGUUGGCCAUGAUAUUGAUAGGGCUCCGGUAGAAGGUGUUGGCCAUGAUAUUGAUAGUGCUCCGGUAGAAGGUGGUGGUACCAACAGGGCUACUCCAGGAGUUGGCAAUGAUCCUGACAGGGCUUCGGCAGGAGGUGGUGGCAGUAAUGUUCCUCAAGGUGACGACCAUAUAAUACCAGUUCCUGGAGAGGUUGAAACGGCCAUAACAAAGCCAAAAAAUAUUUUAAUAUGGCUAUUUUUGGUUGGUGUUCUCCUACAAGUAACACUUGGAUUUACAUUGUACACGACAUCUGUUAAGAAUUUUAAGGGCACUCACAAACACAACACGUAUGUAGAUGCAUUAUAUCAUAGAUAUACUCAUAGACUGGAGGACUGGAAAAGUUGA